AUGUCCAAAACAACAACAAUGAAACAUUUAAAUGGAGUUAAUGCCAACGACACUACUGAAGUUUCGAAUCUUGAAUUAUUUCUUGAGUUCUGUAAUUGUGUUAUGUCUAAAGAUUUUCGACAAGCUAUAAAUCUUGCUAAGCAAAUUCUUGAGUCUGAGCCAAACAACUCACAGAUACACGACUUUCUUCCGUUGUUAAACGAAGCGGAUUACAUGAAAACUGCUGGUGUUUUUCACUCCAUUACUGACGAUUCAGAUACAGAAUCUGACGAAGAUGAUGAUAG